UGUGUUGGACUACCAAGCCCGGUUGAAUUUGCAAAACCUUCUGACUGCAGUUUUCUAAAUGGACUCCGAGCGCCGCUGUUGACCAAUGCGCUGCAAGAGCUCGAGCCGCGAUCCUCCCGGGAGCUACUCCGCGCACAGAAGCAACUUAGAAUCUCGAAGAGUCGCCGGGAUUCGGGCUUUCUGCGGACAAAUCUGAUUUCCUACGACUUAAAAUAACCCUAACUUGGGAAGCUCGGAUCGUCUAUGGAGUGAAGCGCCGUCUUUUGAGUUUCCGAGGCUGAAGCAACGCAGAAGAAUGGGAAAUAGGACGAAAGAGAGGAGCGGCCCUGAGCGGCGGCUGCGGCGGCGGCGGCGGCAAGUACUCUUUCCCUUACUGCUGCCUUUGUUCUGUGGGGCUGUCUCCGCUGAGCAGAUCCGCUACUCGAUUCCGGAAGAAAUGCCCAGGGGCUCGGUGGUAGGGAACCUCGCUGAGGACCUGAAGCUGCAGGUUCGCGAUGUAGUGACCCGCAAUCUCAGAGUCAGUGCAGAGAAACCAUACUUCACUGUGAACGUGGAAAACGGGAACAUACUUGUGAGUGACAGGAUAGAUCGGGAAGCGCUCUGUUCCCAAAACCCGCUGUGUGUUGUGCCCUUAGAAAUUGUAGCAGAAAAUCCUCUAAAUAUUUUUCACAUAAAUGUGAUGAUAGAAGAUAUAAAUGAUAACCCACCCUACUUCCCACAGAAUAGCAUCGCUUUGCAGAUCAGCGAACUUGCAACCCCAGGCACUCGGUUUGGUCUGGAAUCUGCUAUAGAUGCCGAUGUAGGGCUCCACUCCCUUCAGAGUUACCAACUCAGCUCCAAUAAGCACUUCUCUUUAAUGGUGAAGGACAAGGCUGAAGGCAAGAAUGCUCCAGAACUAUUGUUGGAGAAGCCUCUGGAUAGAGAACAACAGAGCCCUCACCUCCUGGUUCUGACAGCAGUGGAUGGGGGCAAACCGGCCCUAACAGGCACUGCUCAGAUUCACAUCAAGGUCAUUGACGCCAACGAUAAUGCCCCAGUAUUCAGCCAGGAUGUAUACAAGGUCAGCCUUAGGGAAAACCUUCCCAGAGGCACAGCUGUGGUCCAGGUGAGAGCCACUGACCAGGAUGAAGGCAGCAAUGCGGAGAUCACUUACGCCUUCAAGUCCCUGCGAGAUGAUAUUGGGCACAUGUUUACCAUAGACUCCCAAACUGGAGAAGUGCAAACUAAAGACUCCAUAGACUUUGAAACGAGUAGCAGCUAUACAAUGACUGUGGAAGCAAAGGACGGUGGGGGCAUGGCGGCAGAAUGCGAAAUCCAAGUAGAGAUUCUAGAUGAGAACGACAACGCCCCUGAAGUGGUUUUCACUUCCGUGUCCAGUUCUAUAACAGAGGACGCAAACCCCGGGAUGGUGAUCGCUCUGUUCAAAACACAGGACAAGGAUUCUGGAGAAAAUGGAGAAGUCACAUGCUUCAUAAAAGAAAAAGUUCCUUUUAGAAUCCAAUCUUCCGCCAAUAAUUACUACAAGAUUGUAACAGAUGGGCCUCUAGAUCGAGAGGAGAACCCUGAGUACAAUGUCACCAUCACGGCCACUGAUAGAGGCAAGCCACCACUCUCCUCAAGCUCAAGUGUCACUCUGCACAUUGGCGACAUCAACGACAACGCGCCUGUCUUCCAGCAGCCCUCCUACGUGGUCCACGUGGCAGAGAACAAUCCCCCAGGAGCCUCCAUCGCGCAGGUCAGCGCCUCCGACCCCGAUCUGGGCUCCAAUGGUCAGGUCACCUACUCCAUCGUGGCCAGCGACCUGGAGGCACAAACGCUGGCGUCCUACGUGUCAGUGAGCGCACACAGCGGCGUGCUGUUCGCGCAGCGCGCCCUGGACCACGAGCAGCUGCGCGCCUUCCACCUCACGCUGCAGGCCCGCGACCAGGGCUCGCCCGCACUCAGCGCCAACGUGAGCGUGCGCGUGCUGGUGGGCGACCGCAACGACAACGCGCCGCGCGUGCUGUACCCGGCGCUGGCGCCCGACGGCUCGGCGCUCUUCGACACGGUGCCGCGCGCCGCCGAGCCCGGCUACCUGGUCACCAAGGUGGUGGCGGUGGACGCCGACUCUGGCCACAACGCCUGGCUCUCGUACCACGUGCUGCAGGCCAGCGAGCCCGGGCUCUUCAGCCUGGGGCUGCGCACGGGCGAGGUGCGCACAGCGCGCGCCCUGGGCGACAGGGACGCGGCCCGCCAGCGCCUGCUGGUGGCUGUGCGCGAUGGCGGCCAGCCGCCGCUGUCUGCCACCGCCACGCUGCACCUGGUCUUCGCGGACAGCCUGCAGGAGGUGCCGCCGGACCUGAGUGAGCACGCGGCGCCCUCGGACCCUCAGGGCGAGCUGCAGUUUUACCUGGUGCUGGCCUUGGCCGCCAUCUCCGUGCUCUUCCUGCUCACGGUGAUCCUGGCCAUCGCGCUGCGCCUGCGCCGCUCCUCCAGCCCUGCCAGUCUCUAUUCGAAGGCUACACGAGGUGGUUCUCUCAACUACAAUGAGGGCACUUUGCCCUAUUCCUACAAUAUGUGCGUUACUUCUGAUUCUCGAAAAACAAAGUUGGAUUUUCUCAGCAUGACUCCGGAACUGGUCCCCUCACAGGAUCUUGCUAAUCAAGCUUCUUUGGUGAUUAGCUUAAACGAUGAGGAGAGUAACAAGAUAACCUCUAACUCUGUUGCUUCUACUGAGGUGAGUUUCAAAGAACGUCUUCAAGAAAUAGUUUGGCUUAAUUUUCAAACCUCUAUUUUGGUAAGAAAAUUUUAAACAAAUAAUUGCUUCCUCUUUGCUCU